AUGUCAUACAACAGCAAUCAUUAUACACCGCGGUACAACAACAACACGUCUCGAAAGUUGCACGAGCAAGCCAAACGAGAUACUCAAGGAGGAGGUCCAGCGUCAACAGGCGCUUCAUCUUCUGCAAACACACCAUCAACAGCAACUGCAGCACCAUCGCGAGUCAGAGACAAGCCAUUUAUAUCAUCAUCAACUCCAGGAUACAGUCGUCGAGAACACUACGCUGGAGGUGGGUAUGCUGGCAGUACAGCUAGUAGUAGAUCGCGAUAUAACAGAUCGUAUAGUCUGCUGAAAGUGUCAACUGGAACAGGACCCAGUCUACUAAGAUCCUCAUCUUCAAUACCAUCAGCAUCAUCAUCAUCAUCUGGAUAUCAUGGAAGUAGUAAAGAUUUCAGGGGAAAUGCAAGUGGACCCGGCUCCUAUUAUGGACCAAGUACGUCACAGUCAAUACGCCGAAGUGGAGCUCCACCGUCGCAUAGGUAUGGUUCAACUUCGAAGUAUUCACUGGAUGCAGCAAGUGGAGAAAAGUUCAUUUCUCGUGCUGGUCCAGUAUCGAGCACAAGUGGGAGUGUGAGUAGCAAAUCCGGUACAAAUGCAAGUUCAAAUUCAAAUUCAAAUUCAAAUUCUAUGCUUUCUGGAUACCGAGAUGAGCGACGCUCUAGAGUGGGUGCAGAAGAUUUCAGUGCAUCUGCGCAAGUCAGUAUCAAUAAGGAAACAGAACCAAAUUCUGCAAAGAUAAGCUCGUCUUCUUCUGAACAGUUUAUCUCAACAACUUCUAAAAAUCUCAAGGGGAAUAUAUCAAGAAAAUCGAGCGUUGAGAGUGUGAAGAGGAAGCCGGUUAGUAAUACUGGAAAUGAAGCUACUGCUAUUGGCGCAAGCUCAAUAUUGGAUAUUUCUCGAAGAGACUCGGCAAGAGAUGAACAUCAGAAGGGGAUUGUUGGGAGAGGUUCAAUUAGACCUCCACUUGCAGGUGACCUGAUGGUAAAUAGUAAAGAAUUGGAUGAGAAUAGGAAUUCUCUGGCGAGCAAAGACACUCAUGAAGCAACUCCAUCGGGCAAAGUUUCAAACAGUAAAAGCGUUCUGGUAAAAAGGGACCCUGAGAAUCAACAUGUUCUGACUACUGAUGGAACCAAGGUGAAGACUGAUCAACAACUGGAUACAGAGCUAUGGACUGCAUCUGAGUCCAAAACUCAAGAUCAAACUACAGAGACAAUAUUAAACAGCCAAGAUCGUCAAGAGGUGAGUAGUGACUCGAGUAAAGACUUGCGAAAAGAAAAGUCAGAUCCCAAAGGUACAGAAUUUCAAUCGUCUCCACCAUCUUCAUCACCUCCGUUAUCAAUGUCAAGCUCAACUUCAAGUGGUCUGAGGAAAACUUCGUUGAGUGAUUAUUUGAAAAAAUCGAAAAUCAAGAAAACGGCCACUGAAUCUGAAACCAAGCUGGGUAUAGAACAGAAUAAGACCUUUUCUGAUCAGGUUGAGGUGGAAUCCAUUGAGAAAGGCUCUAUUGAUGACGAAUCGAAAUCAACUGAGACAGGUGAAGCCGUUGCAAGGUCAGGUGAUGAUGAGAAUGUGGGUGUAUCCGAAACUCCAGUUGAAGAUGUCAAGUUUCCAGCACUCGAUGAGUCAGCUCAAACAGAAGUCAAGCAAAAAGAAUCAAGUAAUGACGAUGAGAGGACAACUGAGGGCGACUUUUUAGAAAAUGAAGUCAGUCGGAAAGUCGAUGUGGAUGCUACUGACAAGAAUGAGCAAGUAGAUGAAGAGAUGAGAGAUGCAAGUGAGGAGAUUGAGGUGUCGUUGGUAAAGAAACCAUCCAAUAAUGUUGUUGAUGACGGCAAGACAAAUGAAGCUCCCCUGAAAGAGGAACAAACCCUGGAGCAAUCUUCCUCCGACGUGAAAGAAGAAACUACACAAUUUCAUAUUUCUCAAUCUGGCAAUGACAACGAAAAUCUGGCUACCGAAAAGGCGGAGAUUUUGCUGACUCCAAAAACUAAAUUGAAUAGAUCUGAUUCGUUUGCGGAUGACACAUCAAUGUUAUCUCCUGUCAACGAGUCUGAGCUCGAUGUUAAUUUCAACUUUAAUGAGAUUGGAACAAUGCCGGAGAUCCCCGAAGAGACUGAAACUCCAACUAAGGAUACCAGGGACAAGGAGUCGAAGAUUGUAUUGAGUAGAGAGGCAUCACCAAGUGCUGAAAAUGGGAAAAAUUGUGGAGACGAACAAAGAAAGCAGGUUGGAGAACCACAAGACUCCGAAGGAGAAUCGUCAGAGGCGGAAACUAUUAUUGGUACACCGCCUCCACGUUUGAACCAAGGAGUAAAGUUGCUCAAAAAGAAGCCAUAUGAUAGUGAUCGACACCUUUUGAAGCGGAAGAAAAUGAUCAUUAGCUCAUCAGAUGAGGAAAAUAAUGUUGAAGACGAGGAUGCGGAUACGCCUAAGCUGGACACACAUAAUGCAGGUGAAAACUUCAACAUGGUGAAGCAGGAAACCACACCUGGGCCCAAACGCACAUUCUCCGAAACCAAGGACAAGAAGCUAAUGACAGGUAAAGCAAUGAAGAAGCCACCAUACAAAAUCAAGCGUGAUUCCAGCGGAAGGUCACUUUUGCAACGGGCUUGUAAAAAGGGAAACAUUGAUGACGUUCGCGAUUAUUUAAACAGAGGUGCAAGUGCCAAUGAAAAAGAUUUUUGUGGAUUUACCUGUCUUCAUGAAGCGGCCUUGGAGGGACACAAUGAAAUUGUUCAAAUUCUUAUUGACCAUGGAGCCAAUGUGAAUGCUAAAGCUGACGAGGCUGGUGAUUGUGAAACUCCCUUAAUUGAUGCUGCAGAAAACAUGCACCUUGAAACUGUUGAAAUUUUGUUGAAGAAUAAUGCCGACCCAAACAUUUUCAAUCUUGAUGGAUUCACUGCUUUGACCAAGAUUUACAAUGAACAUGCUGAUGAAGAGGGAUACGACGAUAUCAUCAAAGUUUUGGAAGAUGCGAGUAAUAAAUUCACUGCUCGGAAAGCGAUUGUGAAUACAUCGCAGCUGGGGCCAGGUGGUGAAGAUGCCGAGUUUGAAAUCAUUGACGAUCCGAAUGAGUCUUACUUUGCGGGAUUGAUUAAACGUAAAGGAAUAUACAAAUGGGCUGCUGAAAAUCGAAAGGAGGUAGUUGCGAGUCAUUUUGUUGCUGGGAAUAGUCUUGAAGAUAAGCCUGACAUUUUGAUUAUUGCGGCUAGAAAUGGCCAUUCGGAAUUGAUUGAUAUCAUCUUGGGAUUGAAUCCGACUGCGUACAAUAUCGACACUGAAAGCAAAUGUGGAGUUACUGCAUUGUUGGCUAGUGUAGGAAGAGGACAUUUCGAAGUGGUGCAAUCAUUGCUUUCGAAGGGUGCUGAUCCUUUCAAGACGAGGAAAAAAGAUGGGUUGACUGCAUUGCAGAUUGUUCAGCAUUCCGCUCAUUUCGAUGCAAGGGAAAUUGAAAUCAUUCAGGAAGCAAUGGAGAAGAAGAGUGGAACCAAGAUCUUGUCUGCGGUUCCUUCGAGAGUUGUGUCACGGACUACAUCCAGGGCUCCAUCCGUUCCUGUGUCGGAUGACGACGAGGAGGAAGGGGAGCAAGAGGAGGAAGAGGAUGAGGUAAUGGAGGAUGCAAAGGAAGCAGAGAAGAAAAACAGCUAUGCUGCAAGACCUGUGGAAGGGGAUGAUAGCAUGGAUAUUGAUGAACCUGAGGAGAGGACGAAAGUGGAGGCUAGCAGUCAUAGAGGCAGCCAUGGAACUGGAACUGGAAAGCUUUUCAAGACUACAAUCCACGAGAAAUCAAACUCCAAGAAGGAUAUUUCUGACAAUCUUGAUCGACAAGUAAAGGUCUUAGAUAAAGACAACACUGUCGCGGAUAGCAAGGAAACCAAAAAGAGGAAGCAUGAACCUGAUACUGCCCGUUCUGAUCCCUUGUUGAAGAAGACAAAAUCUGAAAGUCUGAUCAAAGUGCAUCAAAAAGAGUCGCAUCGUCCAUUGGCAACAGGUGUUGGAAAAUCAGCCCCUAGUGAUUCCGCUGUUCCUAAAUUGCACAACAACUACAAUAACGCUUAUGAGAAAUCGAUAUCUCCCAACACUGUUGUCCCAUCUCAUGACAAUGUUAGUGAAAUGAAGUCAAAGGCGCGAUCCCCGUCCCCUGCUCCACCUUCUCCAGUGCCAUCUAUUUCAGCAGCGGCGAUUGAAGAGCAAAAAGUCAAAACCGCUGAAGAAGCACGCAUUUGGCAAGAAAAAGUUGAAGCUAAAAAGAAGGCACGUAGAGAAAUGUUUUUGAAAUCUGAGAAGGAGAAGGAGUUGAAAAAAAAGGAAGAGGAGGAAAAGAAGCUCGAAGAGGAGCGGGAGUUGGCUGCUUUGAAACGUGAACAGGAGUUGAAGUUGGUAGAGGAGUUGGAACGAAAGUCGAAAGCAGCGGAGGCCAAAAAGGUUGCUUUGACACGACAGAAGUUGUUGGACUAUUACCCGAUAGGGUUAAGGAAGUUAAAAUUGAACUCCAAGCCCACUGAUGCCUCAAUUACAAAGUAUUUGCCAUUUUAUGUCUUUAUUAUCAAUGAUGUUGAGUAUGUUUUGGAUCUUCAAAUUUCGUUGCUUACGUUGACGAGAAUUGCCGAGUUCGAAUCAGAAUUGAGUAGCGACAACGAAGGCCCGUCUUCAAUCGUUGUUGAGUCUCGAGAUAAAGUGAAACUUUGGAAGUUAUUCUAUAAAUUCAUUGGAAUAGACCACAGGUUGAAGACUUCUGUUGAUAUCGUCAAGAAUCGGAAACAAGGGGAACAAUUGUUUGAUAAUUUGUUGAUGAAGUUUGUACCUUACCAUGAUAUUCGACCAGUUCUUGAACGGAAAUUUCCUCUAGUAUUUCAAAAAUUGAAUGAACAGAAGCCCGUUGUUGUUUUGUUGGAUUCGUUACAAGGAUUUGAUGAUUUGACUUAUUCCGUAGUCAAUGAAAAGAGUAUGGAAAAUGAUGGUGCUAACGACGAGAUUGAUGUGAGUGUGAAGCAGUUGUCGAGGUUUAUUCCACCUCAUUUGAGCUAUAGAAAGGAUAUCAUCAAGACUGUUAAAGCUGCUUGUAAUCCCCUUUGGGUUUCGAGGCUGACUUUGUAUCACGAUGACUCUGGCUCAGAUAUUGGGUCAGAUGAUGGAGGAUAUGUUCCACCAAAUUUGGAAUUCGAAUUUAUUGAAGUCGACGACUCUAAUUCCAACCCACAAGACGAUUCCAAAAUAAAAAAGAGUAACGAAGAUGAGGGGGAGGAGGAGGAGGAGGACGAGUUUGCAUUUCCGUUGUUUGCAUCUGCCAGCAAACCAAGUGAAGACGACUUGAAGAGUGUGGAUGGGUCCGAUGAUCGAGGCCGUCCAGUAGCUCCAGUUCAGAAAGUUUCGCUACGUGAACAUUCCGAAGAACGAAUAAAUAAUGAACGACCCGAUCUGUACUAUUUUGCUUUGUACACUCCCGAACAGAAGUUGCAAUUUACCCAAGUGGCUGUCUCGGGUGAUGACAUCUAUGCACAAUACUUUAUUCAACCAAAUCUGCGCAAGCUAAUAGAUUUGAACGAGUACAAUGCAAAGAUUGACGCAGAGCUAGCUCGAGCAAGGAAUACGAAAAAGAAGAAUAGGCCAGGGAAGAAGAAGCGUGAAAGCCGGAUUGUGUGUCGUGAACGAAGACUUGAACGUGCUGCCAGUGCCAAAAAGGAGGAAAAGGAACGGAAGUUAAAGGAGAAACAGGAGAAAUAUGGUAAAUUUAAGAAUAAAGGUGGAAGGAAUUUGAAAAAGACGUUCAACAAAGGAGGAUCUGGUCGUGGCAAGACUAAUGGUAGUGGUGGUGUAUCCAAACCAAAGUAUAGAACGGAGUAA